GAGAGAGAGAGAGAGAGAGAGAGAGAGAGAGAGAGAAAUAAUUUAAGAAAAUCAUCCUGGUGGCACAGGCUGAAGGCGACGGCGGAGGCGACACACUCCACAUCUACGUUUCCUGAACGCAGGCGCACAGCGAGCUGUCGCGGAGAAGUGAUGAGUAUUGACGGCGUAGGUCUGUAAGGUGUGCCGGUCACUGCUGUCGCUCAGCUUCCUCCCCUCCUUUACGCCCCCAGCUUCAAGCGUGUGUGUGUGUGCAAGAGGAAGACGCUACUAGAGAGAGAGAGAGAGAGAGAGAGAGAGAGAGAGAGAGAGAGAGAAGUUUGCUUUUAACGCGCGGUCGCCUUUCGUUCACUUCAGACGAUGGCACGUCCGUAUUCGUGUGCCGCGCUGUUGCGUUUGGACCCCCGCAGCUUUCAACAGAACUGAGAUUAAUCCCAACAUUAAAAAAAAAAAAAAGUGUCACCAUGGCUGAAUAUGGAGAGAACAAGAGCGCCGUCAGUUCACCGGUUGCUGGCUGGAAAGCUGCGCAAGGAGGAGCCGGAAUGAGCCUCGAGACGCACCGAGGAGAGCCGGUGUCAAACGGGAACUGUAGCGUGCCAAACACCGCGAAGAGGGUCCAGAACGAAUCCAGCUGCGAGUCCCCGACUUGGGAGAACACGGGUUCAGAUUCAGCCUCCAAAGCAAUCCCUCGACGCAGCAGUCUGAUCAAGGAUGGGUCACGUGCUGGUCGGGAGAGGAAGAAGACGGUGUCCUUCAGCAGCACCCUGUCAGAGAAGAAGAUCAGCAGUGCUGCUGACUGUAUCCACUCCAUGGUUGAAGGGAGUGAGCUGAAGAAAAUCCGAACCAAUUCCCGUGUUUACCAGCGUUACUACCUGUUAGAUGCAGGCCUACAGGCUCUAUGCUGGGAGCCAUCCAAGAAGGAGUCAGACAAAGCCCGGAUCUCUCUCGGCUCCAUGCGAGAGGUAAGGACAGGUCGUAACACAGAAACCUUUCGCACCAGCGGAGUUUAUGACCAGAUUUCAGAGGACUGUGCAUUCUCUAUCAUCUAUGGAGAGAUGUAUGAAAGCUUGGACCUGGUGGCCAACUCUGCUGAAGUGGCUAACAUUUGGGUGACUGGCUUAAGGUAUCUCAUGCAAUAUGGGAAACAUGCCCUCGACAUGCUCGCCAGCAGUCAGGACAGCCUUCGUUGUGUCUGGCUGGAGCAGUUGUACUCCUCCGCUGCCGAUUCGGACAGAAAAGAAGACCUUGAGGAAGGGAUCCGCUUGCAGUCGGCCAUCAAGUUGAUACAGAGCGUAAAUCCUGGGGUGAGCAGCGGUAAAGUGGAGCACAGGUUUAAAGAGCUUCAAAGAGUCCGGGAGAGGAUGUGUGGGCUUACACUAGACAAUGGAUCUGGAGCUAAAGAUCUCAGCGAAAACAAAAGACUAAUAGCAAGAAAUGAACGUGUCACUAAGCAGGAGUUCAUUGAGGUCUUCCGUGACUUUUGCACGCGCCCGGAGAUCUACUUUCUGUUGGUGCAGUUCUCUAGCAACAAGGAGUUCCUGGACACCAAAGACCUGACGAGGUUCCUCGAGGCUGAGCAGGGCAUGGUUCAAGUGAGUGAGGAGACCAGCCUGAAGCUCAUCCAGUCCCAUGAGCCAUCGGAGGAGGGCCGGCAGCAGGGAUACCUGUCACUAGAUGGCUUCACUAGCUACCUCACCUCGGCAGAGUGCCAACUCUUUGACAGGGAGCAUGACACUGUGUUCCAGGACAUGUCCCAGCCUUUGUCUCACUACUACAUCAACUCCUCCCACAACACCUACCUCAUCGAGGACCAGUUUCGAGGUCCGUCAGACAUCUCCGGCUACAUACGAGCCCUCAAGAUGGGCUGUCGCUGUGUGGAGGUGGAUGUUUGGGAUGGCCCCGAUGAGGAUCCAGUUGUGUGUACCGGACACACUCUCUCCCCACCACUGGCGUUGCGCUGUGUGCUAGAAGCCAUUGGAAAAUUUGCAUUUGUGGCAUCAGAAUAUCCAUUAAUUGUAUGUAUUGAGAACCACUGUUCACAACUCCAACAGAAAGUGAUGUGGCAGCAUCUCAUGAGGAUACUAGGAGAGAGGUUGUACACAAAUCCCCCAGACGAAGGGGAGUUGUACCUACCAUCACCCCAUGCUCUAAGACAUCGAAUUCUACUAAAGGGUAAAAAGUUAGAGCCAGAUUCUGAUGACGACGAUGGGGAGGUAAGUGAGGAGGAUGAAGGGGCAGAAAUGUGUCAAAGGAUGAAAGCAGCUAACAGUGCAGGGGCAAUGCCUGGAGGAAAUGAGAAGGACAUGGUGCAGAAAAGUGUCUCUUUCACAGUUGUCCCUCAGUCUAAUCCUCUUCAUGUUCCUCCCAAACCUUUCCAGCUCUUGAAGGAGCUCUCUGACCUAGUAACUCUUUGCUGUUCAGUCCGCUUCAUUGACUUUGCAACAUCAUCCAAAAUCCAAAAAUCUUGGGAACUGUGUUCCUUCCAUGAAUCUCUGGCUGUGCGUCUUGCUAGUGAGAGUCCAGGCCACUUUGUCAAUCACAACAAGCGAUUCCUGUCACGGGUUUACCCCAACCCCAUGCGUAUUGACUCAAGCAACAUGAACCCACAGGACCUGUGGAAAUGCGGUUGUCAGAUUGUUUCUAUGAAUUUCCAGACAGCGGGACUGAUGAUGGACCUGAACACUGCCUGGUUCCGGCAGAAUGGGAACUGUGGUUUUGUGCUGCGACCAGCCAUCAUGCGGCAGGAGGUGUCUUAUUUCAGUGCAGACACCAGAGAUACAGUGCCUGGUGUGUCUCCACAGCUCCUCCAUGUAAAGGUGAUCAGUGGCCAGAACCUGCCCAAGCCGAGGGGCUCGGGGGCCAAAGGAGAUGUGGUGGACCCCUACGUGUAUGUUGAGAUUCACGGCAUCCCAGCUGACUGCACAGAACGCCGCACCAGGACCAUAACCCAGAAUGGGGACAUCCCCAUCUUCGAUGAGAGCUUUGAGUUCCAGAUCAACCUGCCCGAGCUUGCCAUGGUUCGCUUUGUGGUACUGGAUGACGACUUCAUAGGGGAUGACUUUAUAGGUCAGUAUACCAUCCCUCUGGAGUGUCUUCAGCCGGGUUACCGACAUGUGCCACUCCAGUCUCUGACAGGGGAGGAACUUCCCCAUGCCAAGCUCUUUGUCCACGUGGCCCUAACUAAUCGCAGAGGAGGGGGAAAGCCUCACAAAAGGGGACUGUCAGUGCGGAAGGCCCGCAAGGGGAGAGACUACACAGCUCUGAGGGACUUGGGGCUCCGGGCUGUGGAUGAUGUUUUCAAGAUGGCUGCUCCUCUGCUGAGAGAAGCCACCGACCUAAGAGAAAACAUGCAGAACUCGGUCGCAGUGUUCAGGGAGCUGUGUGGGGUGUCUGUGGUGGCUAACCUCAUGCAGUGUGUACUAGCUUUGGGCUCCAGGGUUUCAGGACCAGACGGAGCGCCAUUACUACUGUUUGACCUACGGGACCACUAUCCCACUCUGGAGCCACAGGGGCCACUGCCUGACGUCCUUCGCCGUGUUGUCUCCACAUAUGAAAUGAUGGUCCAGGCCAGCAGAGCAGUGGUCGAGCUCUCUGAUGGAAUCUACGACAGGAUCCUGCAUAUACAGACAAUGGCCAUGGAGUUUCAUGAGAAGCUGCAGAGUCUGGCAGCGAAGGAGGGGUUAAGAGGUCGCAAGGUCACUCGAGCGGUGGAGAGUUUCAGCUGGAACAUCACUAUCCUUAAGGGUCAGGCUGACCUGUUAAAACAUGCCAAAACCGAAGUCCAGGAGAACAUGGAGCAGGUCCAUGAUGCUGCUUUGACUGGAAACCUCACCAAGGAGAGUGUGGGAGUGAAAAGAGUCCGCUCACAAACACGACGAGGUCAGGAUGACAAACCCACCACAGGUGCUAGAGGACCCUCAGCCUAAGCGAGCAAAUGACCAGCAAAUGAAAGAGGACGUGACGAAAUUGCCAUCGUAGCUGCUGUGACAAACCCCUAUCACAUUGUUUAAAUUGUCUUAAUGAAUCUAAUAUGAGACCUAUAGCAAGAGCAGAGCUUUUAAGAGAGAAGACCAGAAGAGUUGAUGAAUGUAAAAGUCUACAAAAUGAAGCCAACAUCCAGCUUCCUGCUGCAGAUAACCUUCGAGAGCUCAGAGCACUGCAGAACAUAAACGACACUGGGGAGAUGAAUGUAGUUAGAUUUAAAGCCAAGAUUCAGAUUGUACUGUAUUAAACUGUAAAUACAACAAGCAUCUAUUAACCUCUUAUGUGCAAUGUGUCCUAAAGAAAAAAAUGUCAUUUUUAAUGGCACAUUCUGGUAUGACUCAGAGCUCAGCCAAAAGAUUUUCAAAGCCCUUUGAAAAACUUUUGAAAAACUGCCUCCUCCACAUUACCAGCUUGUGAAUCACAAAGCCACUGACUAGCAAUAUCAAGAAAAGAUUCAAAUAAAAACUGGGUUAGUGUAUGUUUCAAUGAAAACCAUUUCACUAUUAUUACAUGGAAGAAAAUCAGGAAUCUGUGGAUGUUUUAUCUCUUGGACCAGUGCAGCCCUUUAUAUCAUUUUCCUGCUUAUUUCCAUUAAGCAUUUGUAGGUCCUGGAUCGCUGCUCUUCAUUACCUUCAAGUCCUUUGUCUUGCCAUGAAAUCAUCCACUCCCACCCACAGUAUUGUUGUCUCACAUACAGUGUUCUAUAUUUUUGUAUUUUCCUGUUCCUGUUUUCUGUUACCCGGCAUAACGAUCAACUCCAUACAUGUAAAUGUCUGGGAACAAAUACUGUUAUGUUGAAAGUGCUUAAUAAUUUGUCUGCAAAACACUGUACAGUAUUUUAAUAUGUAAUUCUAUCCUUUUGCUGUAAAGAAUAUUUUACAUAAGUUAUUGAUCCUGAAUGAAAACAUUCCAGAUACAUAUGUCCUCGGUGCAGUAGAUGAGGCUUGCAGUUCAUGAUUACCUUCCCUCAGUCGGUAUGGAAAUAAAGUACUUUUUAAAUGACUGAU